CUUUGGUUUAGGUGGUUAGAUUAGAAAAUGUUGAUGUUCAAUAAUAAAAGCCGAGGGGCCCAUUUUUAGAUGCCCAUAAUGGCGUAGCAUUAGAAGAGGUGAGCUGACUCAUAUAGCAGGACCAAUAGUUAUAUUUAAAAAGUAAAUGUAGUGAUGACACCCGUGCCAUUUCCACUAUUAGUAUUUUCAGGUCUAUUUUUUAAAAACUUGUUAUUUUAACUUUUAAACUUUUAGUGGUUAGUUGUAUUAUUAGACUUACUCGAUUUGGACAUAGGACCUAGGCCUAUAGCCUAUAGCCUAUACAUUUUAAAAGUAAUUUUAAUUUUAGGCUAUACUAUAUUUAUAUUACUAACUAUUACGGUACUGUAUUAUAUUAUAAAUUAUAGAAAUGGGCUAAAACAGUCAGUUCAGUUCGCAAUUUAUAGCAAUACAAUGACUCUGUGUCAAUAUAAUAUGCUGAAAAUUCACAUUAAAAGUCAAAAGGCACAAAAUUCUUUAUUGAACUAGGAAUUAGGAACAAAAAGUUUCAAAUUUAACAAAGUAUUACUAAGCAUGUCAUGAUGUUGUUGCAGGAUAUUGAAGUUUGAAAUUUCACACCUAGGCCUACCACAGACCAAUUAAUUAAUUUUUUAAUGCAGCUUAUUUAUUCUGUGAAAGCAAGUCUUAUCCAUCUCUAUUUGCCAAACUGUCAUGAGUCAUAUUAACCUUUAAAUAUGCAAUUGGAUCAUGUGGGAUCAUGGUUUUGCUUUCUGGUGUAGGACAAUGAAAUAUUUUCAACUACAACAUUUUAAAUAAUAAAUCUUUUUUUAGACAUUUCUUCUAAUCUUCCAAGAGUCAAGAGAGCUGAAAUUUUGUUGCCAGCCUUAAUAUUGGAUGGUUAUUCUUUACUUAGAUUCUUUCCUUGAUUAUUGAUUUAAUUGGGCCAUGUGUUUCAGAGUUUCAUUUUUGAAUAUCCAUGUCACUCUCAUUCAUUCUACUUGUUCUUAUGCUUUAUGUAAUUAAUAAGUUACAUAUGGUACAUGGAAUCUUGCUUAUCCCAAAUGCAAAUAAAUGUUUAUGUGGGUGCGGGGGUGUAGAUAAAUUUGCUUUGCACUGGGGUAUAACAAAAUAUGAUGCUAUUUAUACUAUACAUUGGUGCAAUAGAAAGUAAAACUAAAAAAAUCAUGUUUUAAUUAGAUAAAUGUAGUUCUCUUACUAAUCAGAGUGACUUGUUUCAAUUAUCAAACACACUUUUAAAAUGCAACCAACUUAUUUUGAAAUAAAUAAGAAAUCUUUUGACAAAAUAAAAAAAUAAAAUAUAAUUUUCCAUGUACAGAAGUCAAAAAGAGAUCCGAGAGCAAGUCAAUGAAAAUCCAGCUCAUAUCAAGCAUCUGGUCCUGCAACAUACUGCACAAAGUUUUCUGCUAUACUAAUGACCAAUAACACACACAUGGUCUUAAAGCAACUGAAAUGAGAAUGUUGUGGACAGUAAACAUUAUCUUCAUUAUUGCAUUUGCUUAUUUUGUCAAACACAUUUUUUUUGACAAUUUAUUAGCAUCACCAUUCCUAGUCUCUGAACCAAAUGCAACUUAUGACUACAUUGUAGGUGAGUAUUUACUUUGGGUCAUAUUUUAAAAGGAGUCUUUCUUCUUGUUGAAUCAAUCCCUUUAAGCCAAUGGUGUAGCUAGGAUUUUUGCUGCACAAUCCCUUUAAGCCAAUGGUGUAGCUAGGAUUUUUGCUGCACAAUCCCUUUAAGCCAAUGGUGUAGCUAGGAUUUUUGCUGCACAAUCCCUUUAAGCCAAUGGUGUAGCUAGGGUUUUAGCUGCACAUGUCCAGCCCAGGUUUUUUAGCCCACUUCCCUUAUAAAAAACUUCGCAAUUGGCCUUAAUUACAGCUUUUCCCUAUAAAGAAAAAAGCACUGUCCUGGGCUGACCAUCACCCUAAAAAAUCUUUUGCCCAUGCCACUGCGCUGUUACAGUGGCUGAAAACAUUGUAGAACUUGAAAAAGAAACCAUUUAAAAUAGCUGAUCAUGAGAUAUUUUGUUUUACAAACAAUUAAAGGAUAAAUAAAAAUAAUAAAAAGCUUUGAGCCUUUCAAAAAUUCCAUUUCAACAACUUUUAACUAAGUAGGAUAACAAAUUCUUAUCAGUGUCGGUAAAAUUUUGUGACUCAAAUAUUUUUUGAUAAGGGGUGGUUGGGAGUAUUGGUUAAUUAAUAGCAUUUUUUGCCCACAGGGUCAAAGUUUGUUUUCCUUUCGUUUCCCAAAAGGUGAAGCUUUCCUAUGAAAGUGUUUGAAUUUUUUUUUCUUCAGAAAGUCAUGUUCUAUUCUGUUGCUGAUCUGCUUGCCUGUAUUUCAGUUGGGGCUGGGUCUGCAGGAUGUGUGCUGGCCAGCAGGCUGUCUGAGGAUCCUAGUGUUACAGUUCUAUUGCUGGAAGCUGGAGAGAGUGACUGGGGAAAUGAAAGUAUUGAAAUACCUGGGCUUGCGAGCCUGAAUCUCAGAUCUAGUAUUGAUUGGCAGUACUUUACAGAACCCCAAGAUAAUGUAAUGCAUGGUUUCAAGGAUGGAGUAAGUCAUUCAGUUGUAAUAGUUUCCUGUAAGAUAAACACGUUGAGAGAAGAAAAUUCCUAUCCUAGCAGAACAAUAGAUUUAAUAGAGGAGGAUUUUUUCAUGAAGGAUAAACAACAUAAUAUAAUUGAGGUUGAAUAAUUUAAGUAAAUUUGUGUUAAACAAGGUAUCCAAUUUUAAUAUUUUAUUUCUUUUAAAGCGCUCGUACUGGCCUCGGGGAAAGGUCUUGGGGGGCUCCAGCAGCAUUAAUGCAAUGAUGUUUGUGAGGGGAUCUCGGCACGACUACGACAGAUGGGCAAAAUACACUGGAGCGCCAGGAUGGAACUAUCAACACGUCUUACCUUAUUUUAAGAAAUCAGAAACUGUCAUGGUUUCUGGGCUUACAGAAUCAGGUUUGCCUAUAUGUGGUUAUUUGAUCUUCCAGUUACAAUCCUUACUUUCUCAGCUGAUGUGGAUGUUUAUUUUAUUGCUGUAAUAUUCAAAGGCAAUUUAAAUUUUUGCUCUACAUAACUAUUCCCCAGAUCAUUUAUACCCCUUUGAAGGAAAUAACUUCCCUUUCUGUUUCAAAAUAAGUUGUUCUGAGUAUCAAAAUUUUGUUACAGGCAAAGAAUUUCAUGGCCAGAUGGGUUGGUCAAAGAUUUUGAAGUCCUGUAGUAAAAAUUGUUUUUCAAAAACUGAAGUUGUUUACAAAUUGGAUACAUCUCACAUUGUACUUAUAAAUAAUAUUGAUCAUAUUAAAACAAUCUACAUCACAGUCUAAGUCAUUGUUUUGUUUAACCUAACAGAUGAUCCCGUUUAUCUCAAAUCCCUUAUCUCAACUCUUUUAACCCUUUUAAUAUACCCAGGGGUUGUGAGCCUGUUUAAUGUUUCAUCCAGUGUGUUAAAUUGACACCGGCUUAAUAAUAGUACGAACUUCUUGUUGCAAGUAUUUGGAAAAUCUUUGGUGUGCUGAAAUGGUUAAUAUUCAUAAAACUAUUAUGAAUCAUUCAUCGGACUAAUGCAGUGAUCUUUCCACAGACUAUAGAGGAGAUGAUGGACCAAUGAUCAUUCAUGAAAGCAAACCCCAUCCUAUUGUUGGUAAAAUCAUUGAAGCAGCCAAAAGUCUUGGCUACCCGUAUAACCGAGAUUACAAUGGAAAAACACAGGAAGGUGAGGGGCUUCUUUUCUCUUGUUGACAGUCUUAAUGUUAAAUCACUGUUGCCAAAAGAAAUUGUGUUUAGAAUUAUAUGGGCAGCUGUAUACCAUAGAAUCAUAUUUUAUUACAUAAGCAUACACAUAGACUCUGUCACAACCUUUUCUCUGGUUCCUGCCCUUCCUAUCUUACUGAACUUCUUUCUGUCUAUUCGCCCCAUUAAGCUUCGUUCCUCUUAUGAAACGUGUAUUCUUUCUGUUCCUAGAACACGCACUAAAACGUGGUGAAGGAUCUAUCUCUUUCUGUGCCCCUAAACAAUAUAAUUUUCUCCCAUUACAUAUCCAAAAUAUACCGAACAUCCCAGCCUUCAAAACUACCCUCAGGACACAUCUCUUCAAACUCUGCUCUACUGCCUCAUUCUCAGGCCCCCUCUAACUGAUAAACAAUGCUUGUUGCAGCUGGGUACUGUUCAUUGCUAGACAGGGGCAGAUAGUAAUUGGGGUGGGUGAGGUUAAUUGGGUGGGUGAGGCCAAGGUGAGGUUAAUUGGGUGGGUGAGGCCAAGGUGAGGUUAAUUGGGUGGGUGAGGCCAAGGUGAGGUUAAUUGGGUGGGUGAGGCCAAGGUGAGGUUAAUUGGGUGGGUGAGGCCAAGGUGAGGUUAAUUGGGUGGGUGAGGCCAAGGUGAGGUUAAUUGGGUGGGUGAGGCCAAGGUGAGGUUAAUUGGGUGGGUGAGGCCAAGGUGAGGUUAAUUGGGUGGGUGAGGCCAAGGUGAGGUUAAUUGGGUGGGUGAGGCCAAGGUGAGGUUAAUUGGGUGGGUGAGGCCAAGGUGAGGUUAAUUGGGUGGGUGAGGUCAAGCUUUUUACCAAUUGUUUUUAAAUGUAUAAUUUUCUGUAAUUACUCAUUUUUAUGUGAAGCACAGUGAGCCUUGCCUUAGGCAGGGGUAAUGUGCUAUUUAAGACUACCUUAAAAUGAUAAUAAUAAUAAUAAUAAUAUAAAUGCAAGAAAAAAUAUUAUUUUAAAUAUUGCUCUGCAAAGUUAAGAAAAAAUAAAUGCUGCUUUGAUCUCACCAAGGUAAAAUGUCCCUCAAUCUUUUCUUAUUUUCCUACUGACAUGCCCCAACUACAAUCCUCCAAUUCCUUAAAUAACUACAGAGUUAGCAAGUUUUAGAAAAAAUUAUUUUUCAUUUGAACCAAUCUUUAUUCACCAGUCAACAUAAGAAAUAUAAUGUUAAUACUAUGAUUUUUCUUCUCUGUCCAAAUGAUUCAUUUUAUUCUAUAUGUAUUAACAAAAUCACAGGAAGGUAUUAUUUAAAACAGAUUACACCAAUUAAUAAAUAGAUUCCAUUAGUUUAACAAAAAGAGAAAUGUUACUAAAAGUAAAUUAGUAAAAAUAAUUAAACAACCCCUUAAAACAUAGUUUUUCAUAUAAAUUCUUUGUAAAAUAUAAUAUGGAGCAAUGGGAGGGGGGUUGAAAAUGUGAAAAAAUAUGCAUACCAGUAACACACUGUAUAAGAAUCCCAGCUAGUGCUCCCCCACUCCGAGGCUCUCAACUGCAUAUUUUUAUUCAUGCCCCUGAACUAUAUUAAAUUCAAAUGACCCACCGGCUUUUACACCACAGAUUUAUUUCACAAACUAUUUCAGAAAAACAAAAGAAAAUAUUAUGCACAUAAUUUUUUAAAAAAAUAAAAAUAUUAUCAGGAAUUUCCUUCGUGUUACUCUUGAAAAACAGGAAAAACUGAUUUUUGGGGUUUUGGGUUGGGGGAUGGGGCGGAAAACUUGAUAAAUGUGAUGUCAUUGGCAACAAGUGUAUGUGCCAAGUUUUAGCUCAAUAGGUUUACAGGAAGUGGGUCAAUCAGCCGUCUGAAGAUUUUCCCACCCAGUCAGCCAGCCACCCAGAAACAAAGGCGAAGCUAAUAUAAAAUUCAUUGUUUAUUGCUAUUUUAGUUAGAUUUCUAAAUGAACUUUUUCACAAAUAUGUCUCUUGUGGUUUGCAAUUAAUUUAGCCUAUAUUACAUAUUUUUUUCCAUAAGCAUCAAGGUUCACUUUGUUGAACAAAAUAUUUCCUGACCUUAUCGAGGAUAAAAUUCUCUAAUCAGUAUUUUAUCUACCGGUAUGUAAAAAAAAAUCUAAAUGUCUUUAGGUAUAGCACACACUCAAGUCAACUCCAACCACGCUCAACGAUGGAGCACUUCCCGUGGCUAUUUAUACCCAGCAUUCCACCGGCCAAAUGUCCAUGUUUCAAUACAAUCACAUGUGUCGCAGGUAGGACAAGCUGCAUGAGGCUUUUUUUAAUACACACUUUUUCUUAGGUUGCUCUGUCCGUUAAUUUUUUAGUUUGAGUCUGGUCAAAUCUUACAUCUUAAUUUUGACCCACUUCCUGAUCUUUCAUUGCGCUGAAACUUAAAACACUCACCCACCCCCAUUUCAAUACAACCCUUCUGUAGUGACCUCCACUGACCCUUGAAUGACCUUUGUGGGUCAAAUCUCACCUCUCAAUUUUGACCCACAUCCUGAUCUCCAUUUUAGAUUAAAUUUUCUACACUUAUCGACCCCCCCCCCCCCCCCCCCCCCCCCCCCCUCCACACCCCGAUGACACUAUAACCAGGCCUUAAGUUAUGUUAAAAAAAUGAUAAUGAAGACUAAAAAGUACAAAAUAAAACAAUUGAACAAUGUUCUCAUGCCAAGCCUUAGUCAAUAUGAUUGGAAGUACACCAGGAUGCAGUAGAUGAUGAGCAGUGUUUUUUGUGUGUGUCACUGUGUUCUUUAUGACAGUACCAACUCUGAAGUUUUGGGGGCCAUUUAUUUUAUAAUUUCUGUAAAUUUCUAGAAAACCUUGUAAAAAAAAAAUAUUUUUAAAAAUAUUGUUAUAAUUCAUUUUACGAUGUAGUUUUUAACUGGUUAAGUUAGCAACAUACAUUUUGCAUUUUAAUUUAUGACAAAUAUAUUCAUUUGAAUUUUGUAACUAUUCCAGUUAUGAAAAGCAAUGCUUGCUCUUGAUCAAAAUCUCUUGUUUAAUGAAUGGAUAUUAGAUGUAACAUUCUUCAUGAUGGAAACACAUCAUGGCUCAUAUCUCUUGGAUAAUUAAAUUCUUUAAACAACAUUGUUCCAUGGAAACAACUUCAAAAGUUACGUUUUAUUUGCUUUAAACUAUUUUUAAGGCUCUGCACAACUUUGUUUUUUUAUCCAUUAGGUGAUUAUCAAGGGCAAGACCGCAGAAGGUGUCCACGUCAUAAAAAAUGGCAGGAAGUUCAUAGUAAAUGCUAGAAAGGAAGUCAUUCUGUCUGCAGGAACUAUCGGUUCCUCGCAGAUUCUCAUGCUGUCAGGUGUAGGCCCCAAGAAACAUUUAGAAAAUCUAAAGGUGAACACUGUUUAAAUGUGUACAUAUUUAAUAAUUACAGUAGAUGUCAAAGCAAUUAACUUGGUUAUUUAUCCAUUAAUGAAAAAGAUAUCACCUAGAAAGAGCUUGAUAUAUAAAUCAUAAUUAAUGGUGAGGAAAUUUAACUGGUUUUUUAUUUUAAUUUUUGUAGGAGUGAUCGUUGCAUAUUAGGUAAUAGUUGUGGCAUUUGUUCUGCUGUUAUCGCCAGUUGUCACUUUAGCUAAUGAAACAAAGCUUUGGACCUUAACUUGUUAUAUAUCCACAAACUCCAUACAGUAAAAGAAAAAACCCCAAAACUGCUAUCCAAGUCUUUUUCCUCGGGUCACUGUGAAAAAUAGGGUUUUAAGAUGCUACUUAUUCAAGUCAGAUGAUAAGGAUUUGACUUCCUUAAUUUAAAUACAGGCAUCUGUGUUACUGUAGCUAACAUAAUUAACAAAGGAAUUUUCUCUCAUUAAAUCUAAAUUGUUCUUUUUGUCCAUUUUGUUUAUAAAAUUGCUGUUUUUUGUAAUUUAUUAAUUAGUGUAAAAAAAAAAACAACCAAAAUUUGACAGAUUGUACAUUUGACAAGAUAUUUUCAUUUAAAAGCUGUUAUUUAUUCAUUUAAGAAGGAAGCAAACAUGUCAGAAUGCGCUGCUAUGUCAUAUAAACGCCAGUCCGCGUCAUUUUGAAAUUAAGUGUUACUUACUGUCUACCUUUUUGCAGAUCCCUGUUGUUGCAGACCUGCCAGUCGGAGCCAACCUCCAGGACCAUGUGUUGUUUGAGUUGGCUGUCAAGAUCAAAGAGCCUCUCUCUGUCACAACAGCUGAGCUAACCUCAUUGUGGGGAUAUUUAAAAUACAAGCUUUUUGGCUCUGGUAAGUUAAAUUAUUUCUAAACUUGGUUUUCCAGCUCUAUUGAAUUGCUUCACCUUUUUAAAAUCCAUAAAUGCGUUUGCCUUCACUGGUAUACAACAGAUGUAUUUAAUCAUUGGGGAGGAUUUUUAUCUUAAAAAGACGUGGCAAUGUCCAUUUCAUCUAAUUAUUUAAAAUUUUGAACAAAUUAAUUAACAUUUUUAAAUACUUAUCAACAUACAUAAUUCUCUAUGUAACAUUGUCCGUCACUAACACUAAGGUUCAGUAGCACUAGAACACAAAAGAAAAUUCCUGAUAACUCCUCUAAAAGAGGUUCUUAAAAAUACAGCGAGUGCGUUUGGUGCGUAAUGUUUUCUUUUGUUUGGUGCGUAACGUUUUCUUUUGUUUGGUGCGUAAUGUUUUCUUUUGUUUGGUGCGUAAUGUUUUCUUUUGUUUGGUGCGUAAUGUUUUCUUUUGUUUGGUGCGUAAUGUUUUCUUUUGUUUGGUGCGUAAUGUUUUCUUUUGUUUUAUGAAAAUUGUCUCAAUUUAAAUAAGCUGUUAUAAAUCUGUGGUAUGUUGUUGAGGGUUGAGAUAUGUGAGAGUAUUAAUGUCGUUCAGGGGAAGUGGUGAACAGUGUCAUAUAACUAAUGUAGGUUGGAAAGUUCACGCAUUGCGGCCACAAUUGGUUUUUUUUUGUGGACCACAAAUAAUAUAAAACUUAACAAUUGCUGAAAGUAUAAUUUUUCAUUCUUUGUUAUCCACAAAGUUUCAAGUUUUCUCAUCUUUAUCACCCUGUGGCAUCGUUGGCCUUGGAUAUUUGGAUUUGUUUCAAUAGUUUUAAAAAGAAUCUUGCUUUUUAUCCAAACUCUACAAAGUGUAAUGUACUAUUUGAGUUUCAUUGUAACUGUGAAUGAUGUCUAAUGUACAAUUUGAUGUCUCAUUGUAACUGUGAAUGAAGUCUAAUGUACAAUUUGAUGUCUCAUUGUAACUGUGAAUGAAGUCUAAUGUACAAUUUGAUGUCUCAUUGUAACUGUGAAUGAAGUCUAAUGUACAAUUUGAUGUCUCAUUGUAACUGUGAAUGAAGUCUAAUGUACAAUUUGAUGUCUCAUUGUAACUGUGAAUGCACCCCAGCCUCUCGCAUUACAGUUUUUUAGCUUUAUUUUUAAUGAAGAAUCUGAACAGGUAGCAAUUUUUUUCAAGAAUUUCCUUCACUAUUUUUCCCAACAUGAACUAAAUUUUUGUAAAAAUUGUUAAAUUGUUUUUCCUAAUUUAUAAAAUGGAAUGUAACUACAAAUUUUGAAUACUUUUUACAUUAUCCAUAUUUGACAUGUUGUUAAUUUCCACAUUCCCUUUGAGCCCUUAAGGUGGGACUCUGUCAAAAACGUUUCUUACUGCUACAACAUAGCAAUCUUGUACCUAUUGAAUUGCAUGUUCUUAGGUUCAAAACUUUUGGCUGGGCACUGAUGUGCCAGUCAGUCAGUCAGUCAGGACACUUUCUUUGAAUUAGUAUAUAUAGAUUUAACAUCUCUUUAGGUCCUUUGACCAAUGCCGUGCUUGCUGAAAGUUUGGCCUUUAGAAGCACUACGAAAGAAAGUAAAGAACUUGCGUGGCCAGACUUGCAGAUUGUGUUUAUGAGCAUGUUACCUAGCAAUCGCCUCAGAGAGAUUUUCAAUUAUCUUGAGGAAGUAAGUUCCAUGUGACCCAUCAGCAGUAAGAAAUGCUACAAAUAUGGUAGGCCUGUUAUCAAUGAUAUGUUGCCAUUAAAAACUGAAAAAGUUAAUAAAAUAUUUCUUUUUAUUUAAAUAGUAAGUUAUGAGAUUGAAUUUAAAUAACAAUAUUUUAAAAAUAAAUCAAAGACAUUUAUUUUUUAAAUAAUGUAAUAGAUUACAUAUUUUAUUUAAGAUGUGUUUUUCUUGUGCUGUAUGUAAAUUUUCCCUAUCAGAAUAAUGAUAAACUGUGUUCCUAUAAUUUAUAAUGUAACAUAUAAUUUAAAUUGAUGUUAAAGUGAGGCUAUUGAUGUUCUCAGUAAUCUAUUUUAACAUACAUUUUGAUAAUAUUUAAUGGUAGUUCCAUACAGUUUACCAAACAUUUUAUUCACAAAUUUGCCAUGGUUAUCGGGUUCAACCUUAAUUUAUUGGCUCAUGAGUUACCCUCAGCCCAAGAUAUUCCAAGAUUGAUUCCAUGAUAUAGCAAUGGUUGAUUCCAUGAUAUAGCAAUGGUUGAUUCCAUGAUAUGCCAAUGGUUGAUUCCAUGAUAUAGCAAUGGUUGAUUCCAUGAUAUAUCAAUGGUUGAUUUCAUGAUAUUGCACUUAUGUUAGUCUUUUAUUAAGGAGAAUAAGAAAAUAUACAAACAUUCUUAUUUGAAUGAUUAUUUCUUGAUUUGUCAGAUAAAAGCUGAGAUGUCUGACAAUGUUAAUUCUGAUCAUGGAUUUGGAUGCUUACCUAUCCUGCUUCGGCCUGAGAGUAGAGGUGUCAUCACACUGCGAUCCAAUGACCCAUUUGAUUAUCCGGUGAUACGAGCCAAUUAUCUUGAUCGUCAGGAAGAUAUUGAAUUACUUAUCAGAGGUUUGUUAAUUCAACACCCCCCCCCCCCCCCCCCCCCCCCCCCCCCCACUGUCACCAAACUUGUACACACAAGCAGUUUUAGCCAUCUCUAUAAUGACAUGAUUGGUUUUGAAUCCAACACUGCAGUCAUUUCUGUUAAUAUUAUUUUUCAUUAUAAAAUAGAUGGAUCUUUCACAGGUGAGUCUAUUUAAUGACUUCUCACACAUUGUCUGAAGCAAAGGCAUUGUUAUGGAAAGUUUGUACAGCUUUUCUUAAAAAUAUAACUUACAAUUAAAAAUCUUGAUAAUAGCAUGUUAUUAAUUUUUUUUUUAAUUUAUGCAAUUACCAUAAUUUUAACAGCUUUUCCAUAUUAUAAUCCAAUCAGUUAGGAACUACCCAAAUUGAUUGACUAUGCCUAAAUAGUUUAAAAAAAUAUAUAUUUCAUUGAACUCUUGCAGCCAAAUAGAAUAAGUAAUAAAAAAAAAAAAAUCAACUUUGAUAUUGAACUCAAAUGUUAUAAAAAUUGCAACAAAUAAAUGGAUUAAUCUAAAUAAAGGAAAUUCUACACUGACAGAAAUUUUGACAAAAAAUUUUUAAAUCCUGGUUUAUUUUAUUACAGCGCACUUUUGAAUGCAUAGAAAAUGUAUGUUUUCAAUAAGCAAGCUAAAACCAUGCAUAAAAUCAUAAACAUGAUAUGCAGAUCUGAAAAUGAUUAAAAUAGAAACAAAAGAGGAGAACAUCAUUUCACCUGGCAUGCAUAAUAUACUUGUAUGAAAGGUUGUACUAGCCAAGCUUAUUGGAAUACUUACAAUGCCUUCCCUGUACAAACAUUUUUUGUUGCAAAAACGUUAUUUUUGUUGCAUGAAUCUUAUGUGAAUUUGGCUUUGAUCAGAAGAAAACCUUUUAAUAAAGUAUUAACUAAAUUUUUUUAAUAUCUUACCAGGGAUAAAUGAGUGCAAGAAGAUAGUCAGCUCAAAGGCAAUGAGUGAAAUAGGAGCAGAGUUUGCUGAAAAAACUGCCCCGGGUCCUUGUUCAGAACACAGGUAUGACUCCCAUGAGCAUUGGCAGUGCUUGCUAAAACUGAGGCCGGUGACUGUAUAUCACCCUGUCGGCACAUGCAAAAUGGGUCCUCUCGGAGACUCAACAGCUGUUGUUGGACCCGACUUAAAGUAAGUGGAUCUUGUAUGAAUGGCUGCCUUAGUGUCAGAAUGAUGGCAACAGAAAUAGAAAGUUUGCUGGCAUUCUUCUUAGAUUAAUUAGAGACAAAAAAUUUGUGGAAUUAAAACAAUAUAUGUUCAGCUUGAAUGAUGAUUAUACAAAAUACCAAGGUAGACAUUUUGGCAAAUGCCUUUAUCAGUACCGGUACAAAAAAACAUUCAUAUAAAUAUAAAUUUAAUAUUAUGUAAAUUUAAUUUUUAUGUAUGUGAAUGUUUUUUUGUUUUGUUGAACAUAUAGUUUUUUAUGUUCACACAUUGUUUGUCUUUAAUUAAUCUACGUUAAAGCUUUAUCGCAGCCCAACACUCUUAUAAUUUGGAAUUCUUCUUGUUUUAUUUGUAACUUUUUACAAUUCAACUUAUUUGUGAUGUUCGGAAGACAUAUUGAUGACUUUAAAGAAUGAAAAACUAAAAAAAAAAGGAGAUUUAAAAAACAAAACUUAAAGUUACAUGGACCAGGAAUUUAACCAGAUCUUUAAUGCAUGACAGCAGAGUGUUGAACCUAAUACCCCAACCACUUGCCCUUUGUUUAAUUAAUUAGUCUAUAAAUAAAUAUGGCAUUAAAAAAAAAAAAAUUAUGUCAAAAGGGAAACCACUAAUAAUUUAAAAAUUAAGUAUGGAUUGUUUCAUCCCUUAACAUUGUUAUAAUUAUAUGGAUAAAUUAUUUAUUCAUUCAGGCUUUAAAAAAAACAAAAUGGCCCAUUACUUAAUUUUACAUUUACAUUUUCUGUAAUCAUAGCUUUAUGCAUAAUAUACUAGAAAGUAUUGAAAAUAAGAGCUUAAAAUGCCAAGCUCUGCUCUUAUCACAAAUUGAAUGUUAAAUUAUUUGAAAGGGGAUGGAGAGUGAAUUCUUGCAAUCAUAAAAUAUUUCACUUAGACAGUUUUUUAAAAAUAUCACUCAAUAUCCCUCAUUGAUUUUAUUUAAACAAAAAUAAUAAUGUGAAUGGGUUUGGGUUCCUUUUAACCCAUAUUGAAUUUUUAAAUUAAUAAUUUUGUGGCUUCGAAGAAAUAAGAAUUUACUCUGAGAGGCCGAUAUUUUAUGUAAGGAGACAAAUGAAAAAUAUGAGCAUUUUUUAAAAUGUAUAUUCUCUGCAGAGUCCAAGGAAUAAAUGGAUUACGUGUGGUGGAUGCCUCCAUUAUGCCAUGGAUUGUAUCCGGAAAUACAAAUGCUGCAACAAUCAUGAUUGCAGAGAAAGCAUCCGACAUGAUUGCUGGCAAACCGAUGUUAGAACCACUUACCUUAUAGAUGUCUUGAUUUAAACUCUGAUUUUCAUCACUGCCAUGUAGUUUAGAUAGUGUCAUUUUCAAAUUUGACCGAAGUAUUAGUCUGGCGGCUCUUAAAGUGGUUUUAGUGGGAAAUAAUUGCACAAGGCUUUUUUUUUUAUGUGUUAGUGUCUAGAAAAAAAAAUUAACCAAAAACAAAUCACAAGAAAAGAAAAGCUUUAGAAAAAAGCUUUAAACUUAUGUUUAAUAGAAUUAGAUUGUGUUUGUUUCCUCAAUUUUUGUGGAUGAGUAUGGAUCAUCAUUACAAUGCAUGAACUACUGUAUAAGAGCCAAUUUAACCUAAAACCCAUUUACUUACUUAUUGUAUGUAGGUACUUGAAAUAUUCAAUUGUUAUAAGUUAAUCAGGUAUAUAUUCUUUAAGUUGAUGAUAGUACUACGCAAUAUCAGCUGUUGUAAGCAUAUUUAUAUUAUAGUUAAAGCUAGAGUUAAACCAAUGAACAAUUAUAUGUUUUCCCCAUUUAUUUGAUCUAAUGGACAUAAAUUAGUUAGUUCUUGGCACAUUGUGUAGAUAAUUGGGAAACAAAUAUUUCCAACUCUCUGCUGCCAAUUCUCCAGCUUACGCAAGGCUGUGCCCAACGUCUGGGGGGUCCUUUUUUAAUGCCUCCCUCCAAGUCUUCCAGGGCUUUCCUUGCUUUGUCUUUCUUCUGGUUGGCAUCCAGCAAUAUAGCCAUUUGAUUUCCUGCUGUGUGGAAAGUGAAUUCUACAAACACCAACUACUUAAAAUAUAAUGCCCCUUGCUUCAGAUGUCAUAUUUGGCAACGUUGUGAUACAGACAUAGAAAACUCUAUUUGUUACAUAUUGUUUUAUGUAUAACUUUUUGUUUUACAGAAUAGAGGCUGUUUAGAUUUUGAUAUGAAUUUAUUAAUUAUUAUUAUUAUUAUAAAUGGUUAAUUUAGACUGUUACUUUCUGCCACUUUUGGCAAUGUAAUCUACACCAGUUGUAUGUAUCGCACUUCUUGUAUUCAAUGUGUUCAACAUUUUCAUUGUAACUUAUAAUCUGCAUUUAUAUCUAGAAUGUCUUUCAAAAACUCUUAAAUUUAAGCUUGAGAAAUGAUCUCAACUCUUUUACUUUUUAAGCUUUAUGUGUUUUGAGUGUUCACCAUCUAUCAAUAUCAUCAUUAUAAUGUCUAGUUUAUUCACCAAUAAAAGCUUCCUUUGAAGCUAAACCCUCCAUACUUUUAUAUUAAAAAUCUUGAAUGAAAUUUCAACAAGUUUUCUAUUGAUAUAACACUAAGGGUGUUAAGUUCAGGAUCUCUUCUUAUGAAUUUCUAGCUAAUAAAUUUUUAAAAAAAUAAAUAAAUGUUUAAUGCUGAAACUUAAUUUAAACCAAAGACUGUAAGAAUUACGUGACAAUAUUGGACUGAUGGCAUAUAUAUAUUUAAUAUCUGUUUUGGUACAACUCAUAAAAUGAAACAGCUGCUAGAUUUUCAAUUCUUAAAAAACGUUUGUUUAUGACUAAUGCUAAUACUAAUACACUUUCUCAGGUCUUCAAAAAUGUCAAAAUUCAGUCUGUUUAAAAUACAUCAAUACAUGCAAUUCUAUUUGAAUUUAAGCAUCUUUACUUGAAAAAAAAACUUCAAAUGCCAUUUGAUUAAACCAAGUUUGCUCUAUAAGGUCUAAAUCAUCAACACAGUGGAGAUGUCAUUGUUUAUCUGGUGAUGAUGAUUAUAUUUAACUAAAACACAUACUGCAUAAUUCCAGGUUUAAUCAUAGACCAAUAAAAGUGUCUUAGAAAAGUAAGUCUGAGGGGAUAGAACAUUUUUACACAAAAAUAUUAACAAGUUAUCCCUACUUAGACAUCCUCCUCAGAGAUCCAGAUCUUGCCUUUUACCUCAAUGUUUUCUUGAUGCAUAUUUUGUCUUGCUGAGUAACUACAUUUUAAUAUAUUAUCCGAUUCUGAUGCCUAUGAAUGCUUUGCAACAUGAGAAUAGAUUUAAAAAGUCUUUUACA